GUGUCGCAGUUAGUUUCUUCGGUCUGUUUCAGGAUUUAGGGUUAGAGAAUGUUCUCAUUAUGGAUAUCUUUUUUAUUUUAGUUUCCUCCGUCUGAAGCUCCAGCUGAAGAACCUUUCUGAUCUCAUCAGAUCACAGUUUGAUUUAAAGUCAGCUUCUUCAUCACUCUGAAGAGGAGAUCUCAACUCUUCAGGAGGACCAGGAGACCUGGAGAUGGCUUCAACACCAAGAAGAAGACAGAGCAUGGAAGAACCUCCUGAUCUGUCUGAAUUAAUGUACAAACCUAAUAAACGUGUUACCAUGGCAACGAACACCAACACCUCAUCCAGAUAUGACAACAUCACCUGUAAAGUUCUGAUCCAAUCAGGAUCUCCCGCUGUCUACCAGCUGAUACCAAAGAAAGAGAAGAUUGGAUCUCUGACAAGAAUGACUCUUGGUGAAAAAGAUCCAAACAAGAAAAACAAAACCAUCUUACUUGUUGGUGAACCAGGAACAGGAAAAUCUACUCUGAUCAACGCUCUGGUCAACUACGCCAUGGGAGUGGAGUGGGAGGAUGAUGUCUGGUUUCAGAUCGUAGAGGAGGAGAAGAGAAGUCAAUCAGAAAGUCAGACAUCAGAUGUGAUCGUGUACCAGAUCUUUGGUUUUGAAGAUAAAACUCUGCCCUACUCUCUGACCAUCAUCGAUACUCCUGGAUACGGAGACACCAGAGGGAUUGAACACGAUGCCAGCGUCAGUCAAAGAUUAUUAGACUUGUUCCAGUCAGAGGAUGGAGUUCAUGAGAUUAAUGCAGUGGGUCUGGUGAUGAAAGCGAGUGAGAAUCGACUGAGUGACCGACUGAGGUACAUCUUUCAUUCAGUGAUCUCUCUGUUUGGAAAAGACAUAGAGAAGAACAUCGUCGCUCUCAUCACACACUCAGAUGGUGUGACAUCUGAAAAUGUUCUGAAAGCUCUCGAGGAUGCAAACAUUAAAUGUGCUAAAGAUGAAGAUGAUGAGACCGUUCACUUCCUGUUUAAUAACCACCAGAGCAGACAGAAAACAAAGAAAAAUAAGGUUGCUCUGAAAAGUUUAUGGGAAUUAACAAAGGACCAAAUUGGUCAAUUCGCUGAUUUCCUGACAGAGAAUUCCCCUAAAAAGCUGGAGACAACUGUUGAAGUUUUUCUGAGGAGUCAACCUGAGGCCCCGCUCUCUCUACAGACCCCUACCCCCCCCCAGACCACCAGCCCCAGUUCAACCACACUGCCUGCCCCGUCUAAACCUACCGCCCUGCUUCAGAGCCCUCCGGUGGACAAAGCUCAGAAUACCAACACCUCAUCCAGAUAUGACAACAUCACCUGCAAAGUUCUGAUCCAACCAGGAUCUCCUGCUGUCUACCAGCUGAUACCAAAGAAAGAGAAGAUUGGAUCUCUGACAAGAAUGACUCUUGGUGAAAAAGAUCCAAACGAGAAAAACAAAACCAUCUUACUUGUUGGUGAACCAGGAACAGGAAAAUCUACUCUGAUCAACACUCUGGUCAACUACGCCAUGGGAGUGGAGUGGGAGGAUGAUGUCUGGUUUAAGAUCGUAGAAGACGAGAAGAGAAGUCAAUCAGAAAGUCAGACAUCAGAUGUGAUCGUGUACCAGAUCUUUGGUUUUGAAGAUAAAACUCUGCCCUACUCUCUGACCAUCAUCGAUACUCCUGGAUACGGAGACACCAGAGGGAUCGAACAUGAUGACAUCAUCAGUCAAAGAUUACUAGACUUGUUCCAGUCAGAGGAUGGAGUUGAUGAGAUUAAUGCAGUGGGUCUGGUGAUGACAGCGAGUGAGAAUCAACUGAGUGACCGACUGAAGUACAUCUUUGAUUCAGUGAUCUCUCUGUUUGGAAAAGAUAUAGAGAAGAACAUCGUCGCUCUCAUCACACACUCAGAUGGAAUAACACCUAAAAAUGCUCUACAAGCUCUCGAGGCUGCGAAGAUUAAAUGUGCCAGAAAUGAGAAGAAUCAGCCUGUUCACUUCCUGUUUAAUAACUGCCAACAUGAAUACAGGACAGAGGAUGAAGAAAACCUCAAACAUGCAGAUAAAAUAUCAAUGAAAGGAAUGAAUAAGUUCACAAACUUUCUGGUAAAAACUGAACCUCAGAGGUUGGAGACAACCGUGAAUGUCCUGAACGAGCGAAUCAGACUGACAGCCUGCAUCAACAACCUGCAAGAGAGAAUUGAGUUGAUUUAUCUAAAGCUAAAAGAAACUGAGAAGAAAGGGAGCCUUUUGGAAACUCUUCAGAAAGAGAAGGAAACCCUUGAAGCAGAUAAAACAGCUUUGCUGGAUGAAGCCUACCAUCAUGUUGUCAAACUGGAGCAGAUCUCCUUGAAUGUGGUUUCUCUGUCUACUUAUGUCCACCUGGACUUCCUGAUUGAGGAGAUGGAGAAGAAACAUGACACAGAGAAGGUCAACCAUCUAAAACAAAUGGAAAGUCAAAAAGAUGAAGGAUUUCAGGCAGGGCUGCAGUACAUGUGUAGUAAACUACCUCAAAUGUUCAAAAGAAAGAAAUGACUAGAGGGUUACCGAGGUCUAGACUGCUACACAAAGACAUGUCCCAGUGUCCUGGAGUUACAGCUGCUCAUCACUGGAGCAAGGUGAACAUUUAGACCACAGCAGAAAGAUCUGAAGUCAUCUGUGUCUUUAGUUAGUUUACUAAAACUGAGUCAAAAACAUCAAUGAGAUCAACUAGUGCCUGUUCUGCACAUAUAUAAGGGGUUAUUUAUCAUUACAGUAUGGACAGUUUAUAUUAAUGAAGACAGUAUGUGUGUGUGUGUGUGUGUGUGUGUGUGUGUGUGUGUGUGUGUGUGUGUGU